AUGGGAUGUGGAGCUUGUAAAGCAAUAGAGACUGAUAUUGUGGAAGUGAACUUCUAUGAGAGCUACAAGCUUGGGAAGAAGCUUGGUCAGGGAACAUUUGGUCAGGUGAGGCUUGCCAAGGACAAGGCGAACGGAGCCGAGUUGGCAGUGAAGAUUGUGGAUGUCAGGCACUACGAUGAAAAGACAGGCGUUUGCACUGGGCAAAUCAGUCGUGCUCGGAACAAAGCCACAAGAGAUGAGAUUUCUUUGUGGAAGAUCAUCUGCAGCGUUGAAUGCUCACACGUGGUUCAACUCCACAGGGCCUUUUCAGACAACUCCUUGUACUACAUGGUAUGCGAGAGGUGCAAACGAUCAAUGCUAGACAUGACUGUCGAUGGUUUGACAGAAGCAGAUUUGUCCAACAUAUUCAAGCAGAUGGCAUUGGGUGUGCUACAUGCACACACUGCCAAGAUCGUUCACCGUGACAUCAAGCCGGACAACUUUCUUUGGGGAGGUCCAGGACAUGAUGUCUUGAAGCUUUGCGAUUUCGGCUUAGCAGCAGCAAUGCCGGUAAACGGAAAGUUACAGGGCGUGUACGGCACAGCACCCUACAUGGCCCCUGAAAUGUUGCUGAGCAAGGGGUAUGACUACUUGGUGGACAUUUGGUCAAUAGGUGCCGUUGCCUUUUUGCUCUCCUACGGAAAGUUUCCUUACUCCCCAGCUGAGCAGACCUCUGCGGCCAUGAAGGAUGCCAUCAGCAGAGACCAUCCCUCUCUAUGUUUUCCCACUGAGAGAGCUGAACGGGCUCCUUGCUCUGAUCAGCUCAUCAGUUUCAUUAAAUCCUCUCUAUGCCGGGAUGUAGGACAUCGCUCUUCCGCGAAGGAUUUGCUUGAGCAUACCUUUAUUGUCAACAAGCAAGAGGCAAAGGCAGAUGGUGAGGAUGGAACGGAGGCAGCACCUCAAGAAGCUGACCAAGAUGGUUCGCCAGCACGACCUAUUACCAUGCACAUUAGAUCCUUGACGGACAAGAUGAUGAGCAAGGUGAGCAGGCCAAGCCCAACAGUGCAAAAUGGCAUUGAUGAGCUGCUGCAAAAGCUUUUUGAGAAGUAUGGCGGGGAGCCUGCUGGAUCAAACAUGUUCUUCUCCGAAGGAGAUGAGGACAAGGCCGCAGAUUCUGACGUCUCGCCAACCAUUCGAGAAGCAGACAAUCGGAUCAAGAAGAAAAACUCCCGCAGAAAUGUGAAGCACACUACGCAUUCUGGGGUUCUCUCACCACAAGCAGCACAGGCAUUGAACAUCAACACUGCCAGCUCUGAAGAGGACCAGGAAGGAGACUGA